UAGUGGACACCAUGCUAUCGACAUUACAUCACGCAUGCUUGUUUCGCCGGAUCUCACCAACCUUCCGUCGGUCAUCAGUUUCUUUGGGUGGCCAUGGGGUUGCUCUCCCUUUUCCUUUUCCUUUGCGCCUCCUCCGGCUUGUUGCUCGACGCUCCCCGCGCCCUCUUCCUACGCCUUCACAAGGGCACGGACUCGGCCGGGGGAUCCACACGAUUCCGGGAGAACACCCAAGGUAAAGGUGGUGGAGGGCAGGGGGUGCACAGCGGAGCAAGACGGGAGUUGGAUUCAGGUUCCGAUGGCAUCAUCAACAACAGCAGCACUGGUUGGAAGAUUGUGAGGCAGGGGUUCACCUUUCCAGCAGGCGCUGCCCCUUUCAACAGCUGCCAUGCUUCCACAUUAGUAGAGGUGGAGAGGGGCAAUUUCUUGGUCGCCUACUUCGGGGGAUCCCACGAAGGGGCGCCCGACGUCAAGAUCUGGUUGCAGAGAUACACCGACGGUUGCUGGCAGCCGCCAGUGAUGGCCGACGAACAGCACGAAGUGCCCAUGUGGAACCCUGUUCUGUUUCAGCUGCCCUCUCGUGAGCUACUGCUAUUCUACAAGAUUGGCCAAGAGGUCCAAAAAUGGAGCGGUUGCAUGAAGCGAUCGGUUGAUGGUGGCAUAACGUGGUCGGACAGAGAACAGCUCCCACCUGGAAUCCUCGGUCCAACCAAGAACAAGCCCAUAUUGCUGCAUGACGGUCGGCUGCUAUGUGGAUCAUCUGUGGAGAGCUGGAAUUCCUGGGGAGCAUGGUUGGAGGUCACCACAGACUGCGGCCGAUCAUGGAGGAAGCACGGGCCUAUUUACAUCGAAGGCGAAACACUCGGCGUGAUUCAGCCGGUGCCAUACCUGACCGCUAGGGGUUCCGUCCGCAUGCUGCUGAGAUCAUUCGAGAACAUCGGCUACGUUUUCAUGGCGGAAUCCGAAGACGGUGGCAUAACUUGGAGCUUCGCUCGGCCAACGGAGCUGCCCAACCCAAACUCCGGCAUCGACGGAGUUAAGCUGAGAGACGGGCGACUCCUUCUCGUCUACAACACUGUUUCAAGAGGUGUCCUCAAGGUCGCCUCCUCCGUGGAUGAUGGUGAUUCCUGGGUUGAGAUCAUGACACUGGAGGAAGACUUGGACAUGGAGUUCUCCUAUCCAGCAGUCGUCCAGGCAUCAGACGAGCUCAUACAUGUCACCUACACCUACAACAGGACACAGAUUAAGCACAUUGUUCUCCAACCAAGUGAUGUUGGGGGGUUGUGAAUGGUGAACUUGCUUGUGCUCCACCAUCUUGCACUGCAAGUUACAGAUUUUGCAUGGAUUCAUCAGUAAUUAAUUGUUCAAUGUGUAAAGAGAUAUCCUUCCAACUCAGACCAACCAUUUUGAUUAAGUCGGUAAUACUUGAGACUAGAAGUUUCUCUGA